AUGUCGAAGAGCAACGGAGCUCGCAGCUGUCUAGGCUCGAUGGACGACAUCCGCCGAGUCUUCCAGCGCUUCGACAAAAACGGCGACGGGAAAAUCUCCGUCGACGAGCUCAAGGAAGUGAUCCGCGCGCUCAGCCCCACCGCGUCGCCGGAGGAGACGGUGAAGAUGAUGAAACAGUUCGAUCUCGACGGGAACGGAUUCAUCGACAUGGACGAGUUCGUCUCUCUUUUCCAGAUCGGAGUGAACCAAGGCGGAGGAGGAGGAGGAAACAGCAAGAACGAUCUGAAGGAAGCGUUCGAGCUGUACGAUCUGGACGGGAACGGGCGGAUCUCGGCGAAGGAGCUUCACUCGGUGAUGAAGAAUCUGGGGGAGAAGUGCUCUGUUCAGGAUUGCAGGAAGAUGAUUAGCAAAGUUGAUACUGAUGGUGACGGUUGCGUUAACUUCGAGGAGUUUAAGCUGAUGAUGAACAACGGCGGCGCUUGA